AUUUGAAAAAAAAAUUAGUAGUUUGUUAAGUUUUAGUCUCGUUGAUAAAAAUUUUGAAUGUAGAUUUUUACCCCAUUCAGAUUUCUAGCUUCGCUAUUGCUAACAAUUAAUAAUACAUCUCGAACAUGAGAUUGAUUAAGUUAAUAGAUUGUAUUUAUAUAAUAUCCUAAAAUUUUAUAAAUAGGACAGAUGAUGGGACAACAAGUACUUUUCAAAGCAAACAACAUUACAAAUUACAUGAAAUCUGAGCCAUUCUUGAUCAGGAAUAAUCCCAAGAAAUGUCAGCUUAGAAACUGGCAACGCCCCACAUAUAUUACAGACUUUAGGCUUCAUGUUCCAUGGCGAGCAUGGUAUUGAGGUUAAUUGGGAAGACAACGUCUGCAGGACCACUCAAGAUGCCUUCCACAAAUAGCCCCUCAGCCUUGUCGGUUGGAUUGGUGGAAUCCCAAAACACAUACUCCCCGCCGUCGGUGCUUCCCCUGAUUGCCAAAAGCGCAGGCCAGCACCCGAACCCGCCGGACCCAAAUACCAGCAAACGGCGAGCCCCCAGCUCGUUCAGCCUCAGCAGGAUUUUGGAUAGCUCGGAGAUCAGGAGUUCGAUGAAUUCGAAGAUGGUGUACUGGCUGGCGCGGGACGAGAAAGGUGGCGAGUAAUAGUUGUUGACGAAAUCGUCGGAGACGAUGGAGAGGAGGAACACUCCCUUGUUGACUAGUCGCUCAGCUUGUUCUCUUCCUCCGACUUGCGCCGCCAGCUUGUUCUUGUAUUGCGGGAAGGCUUGCAAUUGCUUGGGGAUCGUUAUUAUGUUCCUCUAGUACAAUAACACCAAUGAGAAGUAGUAAGAGUAGUAGUAUGUUAUAAUAUGAGUAUUGAUAUGCAAUUUGACAGAGUUAUAUUCCUUAUCAUAGAGUCGUAGAGGUUGGAUGAUUUCCGUAUUAGUAUUGUAUUAGGGCUAUUAUGAGAAUCAGUUAUUGUAAUUCCUAUAUUUUGGUAAUAACAUAUAAUAGUUUUCCACAAAUUGUGAUUACCAACACCGAUUCACCAUUACGAUGUGGGUUAGCUAAUGCAAAGGUAUGAGAGAUCAGUUUCAGUAUAUUUAAAAAAGGUACAAAUCCUACAAACAAUAUAAGGAGAGAUUCUAUAUCACCACACCACCCACCCAAUUCAAUUUUUUCUUGCUUCUGCGCACAGUGCGGAAGGGUUAUUUUGUCUUUCAGGCUAGCUUUUUUAAUGGAUGUAAUGUAGAUUAUUAGGGCUGGAGGUUCGGUUAUUGGUUGUCGGUUAACCGGUCAGUUAAACCGAUAACCGACGGUUACCGGUUAACCGACUAACCGAAAAUUAUGUUCUCGGACGGUGUUCGGUAGGGGAGUUAGAUGUGGCGGUUAACGGGCUAACCGAGGGCGAUGACCGCCGGUUAACCGGCUAACCGACCCACACCUAAAUUCCUAAUAGAAGCCACCCGCCCACCCCUUCCCUUCUCUUCUCUCGUUCUCUGCAUCUGCUCGCUUCCUCUGUGCCGCCGCCCACCCCUUCCCUUCCCUUCUUCCCUGCUUGGGUUACACUGCCUGACUCCCCAUACCGCCAGAGAUUCCCCAAUUGGAACAGAUCGUUCGAUUAAUCUACCAAUCGAAGAAGCCGAUCCUCUACGUCGGCUGUGGAUCUUUGAAUUCCAGCGAGGAGCUCCGUCAAUUCGUCGAUCUCACGAGUAUUUCCGUGGCCAGCACGAUCAUGGGGCUCGGGAGCUUCCCCUGCGACCACGAUCUCUCCCUCCAAAUGCUCGGAAUACACGGGGCCAUGUACGCCAAUUACGCCAUCGACAACGUCGAUCUCCUCCUCGCGUUCGGUGUGCGAUUCGACGACCUCAUCACCGGGAAAGUCGAAACGUUCGGCAGCAGAGCUACAAUCGUCCACAUCGACAUCGAUUCGGCCGAAAUCGGGAAGAACAAGCAGCCGCACAUCGCGAUGUGCGCCGAUUCGAAGCCCGCCGUGCAGUGUCUGAAUUCAGUCCUGGAGAAGAAAGGAUCUCAAUUCAACCUCGAUUUCACCUCCGCCGCCGUUCCAGCGUCGAGGCAACUACGUCGUUGCGGUUAACUCGGCUAACCGCGAACUAACCGGUAACCGACCGGUCGGUUGUCGGAUAACCGAUGGGCUCCGUCGGGCGGUUGGCGGUAGGAGUGUUUGGGGUCGCGGUUAACCGGUAACCGACAUUUCGGUUACCGGUUAUAACCGAGAUAACCAAAAAUCCAGCCCUAUAGAUUACAGUUAGCAAAAGUUGCAAAACUGUUAAUGUUGUCAUCAUUUAUUAAAUAUUAUUAUAAUUUACCUUGUUCAAAUUGUAUUAGGAUAAGUAAUGUAUAUAUUGUUGGUUUAUAAUUAUAUUAUUACAUCCGUAAUUCUAAGUGUGUAAUUAUUUUCUUAUUAUUUUUCAAGAGAUCAUAUCUAAUUUAUUUUAACUUGGAUAAUACAUGUUUUUUUUUACUGAUGGAUAUAUAAUACAUGUUUUAAGAAUUCUCAAUAAAUGAAUUUUUCAAAAAAUUCCUCACACAAAUUAGUGUUGUUCAUACUUGACCUAUGCAGACUUCAAUCUACAUUGUAAAUUUCUCUAAAAACUGUAUUUCUUGAUAUAUGCAAAUGUUGUCUAAAAAUUAAUAUUGAUCCCAGAUUGAACAGUUUGUUCUACCAAUGGUGUUGAGAUUAGAUUGAAAGAAUUGAAGAGCUCAGAUCUGCCAUUGAUGAGCAUCGUUUUUCCUUUUUUUUAUCUUGACCACGAGUCAUCAUAUUCAGAUGCUAACGAUUUCUCUAAUAUUAGGGCAAUGUAUAUACCUACUAAGAAGCUAUUGUAAGAUAGUGACAGAAUAGGAGGACCUUCACCACUUCAUCCCCCACGAUUUGAGGGAAAAUUUGAAGUUUAACAUCAAACUCACGGAUUAUAAUUUUUUAACCUUAUAAGCGAAUAGUUUUGAAGAUAAGGAACGAUGAAUAAGAGUAACCUCAAACUGUUGAUGACAUGGAUGAGAGAAAAUUUAACUUCUUGAAAAUGGUGCUUCACAAUUUGGAAUAUUUACCAUUGGGCUAAAUUACACGUUUAGUCACUUGAAUUAUACAAAUUUUUCACGUUUGCCACCCGAAUUACUUUUCUUUCUUAUUCGCCACUAACUUUACGAAUCGUUUCACCGUUAGUCACCGGCCGUUACACUCCGUUAAAUUUGUCCUACGUGGCAGUCAACUUUAAAAUUUGACCGUUAAAUAGAUGACGUGGAAAUUAAAAAUAAUUAAAAAUAAAAAUUUAU